UUUUUUUGGGGGGGGAUGACAGGGGUUUUUUUUUUGGGCUGUGUUCUCCCAGGGGAUGAGGAGGACAGAUCCCAGGCCGCCGGCUCCGAGGCCGAGCGCAGGGGCCUCAAACGGCAGCGGGACGAGAAGGACGAGCACGGCCGAGCCUACUACGAGUUCCGGGAGGAGGCCUACAACAGCCGAUCCAAGUCUCCGCCGCCGCCCGAGGAGGAGCCUCGUGAGGGGGAAGAGGACGAGACCCUCGUCAUCCUCGACACCUACACGUCGGACCUGCAGUUCCGUGCCAGCCGGGACCGUUACGGGGGGCAGCCGCUGUUCCCAGAGAAAUUCCCGGGACUUUGGGCCGGUGCCCGCAGCACCCACGGGGUCACCAAGGGCAGGGUCUGCUUCGAGGCCAAGGUGACCCAGUACCUGCCCCUCAAGGAGGGCAGCCCCGAGGUGCCCCUUUUCCGUGUGGGUUGGUCCGUGGAUUUCUCCCACUCCCAGCUGGGGGAGGACGAGUUUUCCUACGGAUACGACGGGCGGGGGCUGAAGGUGGAAAAUGGGCAGUUUGAGGAAUUUGGGGAGAGUUUUGGGGAGAACGACGUCAUCGGCUGCUUUGCGGAUUUCGAGGGCUCCGAGGAGGUGGUGGAGCUGUCGUUCUCCAAGAACGGGCAGGGGCUGGGCCCGGCCUUCCGCGUUGCCAAGGAUUCCCUGGCGGAGCGGGCGCUGCUGCCCCACGUGCUCUGCAAGGGCUGCGCCGUCGAGCUCAACUUCGGCCAACGCGAGGAGCCCUUCGGAGCCGUUCCCGAGGGAUUCGUCUUCAUCCACGCCCUGCCCGCCCAGGAGCGCGUCCGCACCCCCCUGCCCCCCCGCAGCACCGAGGAGUGCGAGGUGCUGCUCAUGGUGGGGCUGCCGGGCUCUGGGAAGACCCAGUGGGCUCAGAAACAUUCCCAGGAAAACCGGGAGAAGCGCUACAACAUCCUGGGAACAGAGGCCGUCCUGCACCAGCUGCGGACGAGGGGUCCGGACGUGGAAGAGCUGGAUGCCAAGAGCAGAGACCUGCUGACUCAGCAGGCAGCCCAGUGCCUUAGCAAGCUGGUCCAGAUCGCUCCCCGCUCCAAGCGGAACUUCAUCCUCGACCAGUGCAACGUGUACAACUCGGGGCAGCGCCGGAAGCUCUUGGCCUUCAAGGGCUUCUCCAGGAAAGUCGUGGUGAUCGUCCCGACGGAGGAGGACUGGAAAAAGCGGCUGGAGCUGCGGAAGGAGGCGGAAGGGGAGGACGUUCCCGAGUCGGUGAUGCUGGAAAUGAAAGCGAAUUAUUCCCUGCCGGAAAAGAACGAUUACCUGGAUGAGGUGGUUUACGGGGAGCUGGGCAAGGAGGAGGCGCAGCCGUUGGUGUCCCGGUACAAGGAAGAGGCCCGGAAGCUGCUCCCGCCCUCCGAGAAACGGGCGAACCGGCGCAACAACCGCAACAAGCGCAACCGGCAGAACCGCAACCGCGGCCAGGGAUACGGUGAGGGG